ACACCUGUGAGGAGGACGCACCGAAGACUUUGUCACUUAAGACCCUUUAAGUGACUGUUCCAGUCAUUGCAUGACUGCACAACCCUGACGCAUCUGCAGAAGACAAGACUGCGGCAAUGGAGAGUAUUUCUAAUGAUAGUGACUUCUGGCAAUUUAACGAAUCCUGGAGGAACUCAAGUCUCGGUAACGGGACCGGUUGGUUGAACCAGACGAACCCUCUUAAGCGGAAUGAAGAGGUGGCGAAGGUGGAGGUGACUGUGCUCGCCCUGGUGCUGUUUCUGGCGCUGGCGGGGAACCUGUGCGUCCUGCUGGCCAUCCACACCACCAAGCACAGCCAGUCGCGCAUGUAUUACUUCAUGAAGCACCUGAGCAUCGCUGAUCUAGUUGUUGCGAUUUUUCAAGUUCUCCCUCAACUUAUCUGGGACAUUACAUUUCGCUUCUAUGGACCCGACAUUUUGUGCAGGUUGGUGAAAUACCUACAGGUCGUUGGGAUGUUCGCCUCCACUUACAUGUUAGUUUUAAUGUCAGUGGACAGGUGUUUGGCAAUUUGUCAGCCUCUUCGUUCUUUGCACAGGAGAAAAGACCGUUACUAUGUCAUCUUCUCCUGGGUCCUGAGCCUGCUCUUCAGCAUCCCGCAGAUGUUCAUUUUCUCCCUGAUCGAGGUUGGCUCGGCCGGAUCAGGAGUGUAUGACUGCUGGGGAGAUUUCGUGAAGCCUUGGGGAGCCAAGGCAUACAUCACAUGGAUCAGUCUCACCAUAUACAUCAUUCCAGUGGCGAUACUGAGCAUUUGCUACGGGCUGAUAAGCUUCAAAAUAUGGCAAAACUUUAAACUGAAAACCAGGCGGGAGCAGUGUAUAAGCCUGACGCCCAAAGCCUCCAAAUGCAACACACUGGCUCGCGUGAGCAGCGUGAAGCUCAUCUCCAAGGCGAAGAUAACCACAGUGAAAAUGACUUUUGUGAUCGUCUUGGCUUAUAUCGUCUGUUGGACACCCUUUUUCUCUGUUCAGAUGUGGUCUGCGUGGGAUCCAGCAGCGCCCCGUGAGGCCAUGCCCUUCAUCAUCUCCAUGCUGCUGGCCAGCCUCAACAGCUGCUGCAACCCCUGGAUCUACAUGUGCUUCGCCGGGCAUCUGUUCCAGGAUCUUAGGCAGAACUUUCUGUGCUGUUCCACUCGCUACCUCAAGUCAUCCCAGUGCCGCUGUGAGCGUGACUUUGACUCCAGUCACAAGAGCAACUCCUCAACCUUUGCCAUCAAAAGCACGAGCAGCCAGAGGAGCAUUACACAGACUUCCACCACAUAAGCACCUAGCUUCCUUCCCUUCUCUUUCUCCAACCCCCCACCCUCCCCGCCUUCCCCCACAUGCCGUCGCCCAUAAAAAAAUUCAGCAGUUCAACUCUUUCGGAUACCUCUCGCCUUGAGGCUUGCUGUCCAAGCCCUGAAGGGAAAAAUACAACAAAAGUCUUAAUUCUUUUAUUUACAGUACUUUACAGUAUAAAGUGGAAAUUGAAUUGUGAAAUAGAAAAAUGUACAGAAUAUUAUUAAGGGUGCAAUAUGUUGGUCAUAAAGACGGGCAAGAUAAUCAAGCUGAGCAAUCACCUGAAUCUUUCUCUUUGUUUUUACAUUAUUCUUGUGUGAGAUGUACAGUAUAUAUUUACAUAUUUGAAGUGCAGAGAAAGGAAAUGAGAAUAUUUUUGAGCACUGUAAACCUUGACCGACCACACUAAUGGUUCAGUUGUUGUCACCAGCAAAGCUUGUGGAUCCUGUUUGUCUGUGUUAUGAUGAAAUUGCUCACCUGUUAUAAAUAUUGUGUAUGAGGUCGUUCACUUUGUUACGUUUGCAAUGGGUUGCAUACAUGUAAACUGUUACUUGAUUUGUUGUUAGAUGUGAGAUGUCAUGGCUGUCACUGGUAAAGAUUUUAAAAAUGCUUAAAAAAAAAUAAAGAGCGAAAGCAGCAGAAAAGCUGUGACCACUUUAUUGUUUACACCUAGUCGAUGCUCAUUAGAGCUUAUUGCCUCCCAAAAUUCUUGGCAAGGUUGCUGGAAAUAUACCAGACAAUGAAUCAACAACGUCACUGAGUUCCUGCAAAUUUUUGGCAGCACAUCGAAACUUUUGACUUCCUGUUCAGCCUCAGCGCCAAAAUGCAUGUCUGGCUUGAGAUGUGGAGACUCUGCAGAACACUGGAGUGAGCUAAAGUGAGGUAUCUUGGGGUGCUUAUUGUUGAGUGACAUGGUGCAGUGUCCCACAGGAAGUGAUGAUAAAGGUAAACUGUGGUGAUGAAUUCCCUCGAGAAUUCUUUGUUGCAAAGCUGAUUAAGUCUGAGGUUGUUGUGUUGAUAUUCAUUGUAAAAGUUUCACGUGUAUGAGCCAUCUAGGAUUUGAACCUUUGUUAUUAUGAUUACAGCACAUCAGCUGUCACUGUCAAUAAUGAGAAGUGACCUGAAUAAAAGCAAAAGCUUCACAAUAAAACAACUCAAACAUCUCUGAUAUCAGUGGACUCCGUUUAUAAGUUUAUAAUGUAAGACAGGCUGAGACAGCUUUCAACUCUAUUAUUAUUCAGCUCUUCUGGAUAACUUUUCUCUUUCCCACUUCACUGCACUUUGGACAUAGAUUUCGGGAGUAAUGUCGCCUUCAAUAUUUAGAGCAUGUGCAUUUUUCCCCCACAAUAGAAACAUGGAAGUAGCAGAGGACUUUGAUGCAGGAAGUCAAGUGUUUGAGGCUCUGACACUGGCAGAGGACGCCCAAACCCUCCAUGUGUCCCCUAGUGUUGAAACAAAAUCUACACCCUUGACU